CUUCUGGACCUGCCUUUGUCUCUUCUCAUGAUGGCUUCUCAGAUCCGUCAGAACUACCAUGCUGAAUGUGAGGCUGCCGUAAACCAUUUGGUGAACAUAGAACUCCAUGCUAGCUAUGUCUACUUGUCCAUGGCCCAUCACUUUGACCGUGAUGAUGUAGCUUUGUGCCACGUGGCCAAGUUCCUGAAGGAACAAUCCCAGGAAGAAAAAGAACAUGCUGAUAAGUUUCUGAAGUAUCAAAACAAGCGAGGAGGACGUAUUGUGUUGCAGGAUAUCAAGAAGCCAGAGAAGGACGAAUGGGGCAACAGUCUAGAUGCCUUGGAGCAUGCUCUGCACCUGGAGAAGGAAGUCAACCAGGCCUUGCUGGAUCUGCACAAGCUGGCAACAGAGAAAGCAGACCCUCAUCUCUGUGACUUUCUGGAGAACGAAUACCUGGAAGAGCAAGUGAAGGCCAUCAAGCUUCUGGGAGAUCACUGCACAAACCUGAGGCGCCUGGGGCUGCCUCAGAAUGGCAUGGGCGAAUACCUCUUUGACAAGCUCACCUUACGCGAGAGCAGCUAAACCUCCUUCUGUUGAUUGGUGCAGUUUAU